GAAAAGAGAAGUGGGUGGAAGGAGGAGAAGGGGAGGAAAGAAAGGAGGAGGUAGGGAAAAAGGGAAAAGAAAAGGAGGAGAAAGGAGGAAGAGAAGGGAAGGUGAAAGGGGGAGGACAAGAGGACAGGGAGGAGAAGGAAGGAGAGACGGGGGUAAAGAGGGAGGGAGGAGGAGAGAGGUGAAGCAGGGAAGGGAAAGGAGGUGCUGUGAGAGGUUAGAGAAUACUCAUACUCAGUCUCUACAGAACUGCUCCUCGCUCUACUUAAGGUCGUUAGACUUCACUUUGGCCACUGCGCAGGCGCUCCCCCCAACCGCGCGCAGACGUACUAAGGGAACAGCGUUGGCUUCAUGCCUAACUCUCAGGGGUCAUUUAAUGGCUGUCCCUCCCGGCAGGAGGCGCCCUCAGACCUGGAAAGGUCAACUAUGGCUCUCCAAGGGGUCCGCGUGCUGGAGUUGGCCGGCCUGGCCCCAGGCCCCCACUGCGGCAUGAUCCUGGCCGAUUUCGGGGCUCAGGUGAUACGUCUCGACCGGCUGGGCCACCAGGGCACGACAUGGAUGGCCCGAGGCAAGCGAUCCUUGGCCUUGGACUUGAAGCGGCCUGCGGGGGCGGCCGUAAUGCGUCGGCUCUGCAGGCAGAUGGACGUGGUGGUGGAGCCCUUCCGACCAGGUGUCAUGGAAAAAUUUGGACUUGGUCCAGAAAUUCUGCUAAAGGAUAAUCCAAGACUCAUCUAUGCCAGAUUGAGUGGAUUUGGUCACUUGGGAAGAUUGUCUAAAGUAGCAGGUCAUGAUAUCAAUUUUUUGGCCUUGUCAGGUGUGCUGUCGAAAUUAGGGAGGAGCAAUGAGACUCCUUAUGCACCUUUAAAUCUUCUGGCUGACUUUGGUGGUGGUAGUUUGACAUGUGCAUUGGGCAUUGUGCUGGCUCUUUAUGAACGUACCCAAUCCGGCAAAGGUCAGGUCAUUGAUGCAAAUAUGGUGGAAGGAACAGCAUAUCUAAGUUCUUUUCUGUGGCAUUCAAAAAGUGUAGGACUUUGGAGCCAGCCUCGGGGAAAGAAUUUAUUAGAUAGUGGAGCACCUUUCUAUGAAACUUAUAUGACUAAAGAUGGGAAAUUCAUGGCUGUUGGUUCCAUAGAACCUCAAUUCUAUGCAUUGCUGAUUAAAGGACUGGGAUUAAAUUGUGAUGAACUUCCAAAUCAGUUGAGUAUUUCUGAUUGGAACGAAACAAAGAAGAAAUUUGCAGAUGCUUUUGCAAAGAAGACACAGGCAGAAUGGUGUAAGAUCUUUGAUGGUACAGAUGCUUGUGUGACUCCCAUUCUGAGUUUGGAAGAAGCUGCUCUUAAUGAACAUAACCAAGAACGAGGCACUUUUUUCACUGAUGAGCUUCAAAAUGUGAGUCCCAGACCUGCUCCUUUGCUUUCAAGAACACCAGCUGUUCCUUCUACCAAAAGGGCUCCAUUGGAAGGAGAACACACUGAAGAGAUACUUCAAGAAUUUGGGUUUAGCGAGGAUGAGAUUAAUCAACUUAAUUCAGAUAAAAUUAUUGAAACAAGUAAACCCAAAGCUAAUCUGUAAACUCGUAAUUAUAAAGCUUAGUAGAUUUGAAGAAUGAACUUCUGAUGCAAGAUGAUAAUUAACACUUCAUACAUGGAAAUAGGAAAUUAUGAUAUUAUAUUUGUUGUUAUGUUCUAAUCAGAAUAACUAAUAACUGAAAAAUUAUUUGAGUUGUACAAUUAUGCUAGAAUUCACUACAGAUUUUUCCAUAGGGACUUUUGGCUUAAGAAUGUUGUAUUUUUAGGAUAAUGCUCACAACAGAUGAUUGUAUAUAAAAGAUGCUUUUUAACUCAUUUUUUGAAUGUUUUUGCUAAUGUUAAGAACAUGGAAGUGCCUUUAAUGUUUUCAAAUGAAUUAAAAGUCAUUUUGCAAAACAUAAAAA